AUCCACACACAGGACUCUCUUGCACUUCCAGUGUUCAUUUCCAGGCGAGUCGACGGCAUCACGUGGGACGCGCCCGGCUGGGUUUAGACUGGUCAGCACCGCCGGAAAGACCUCCUUUAGCCUCCGUUCCACCCAGGGUUCCGGCUCCCAGGGACUUGUUUAUUCUCCCGCCGCGAGAGAGAACGACGUCCCCCAUCUCCCAGACCGGCGUUCCAGAUUCCCAGAUACCCCUGUUCGCACGGUCCUGCGCUUUGUUGCUUUCUGCGUGUCCUCUUUCCAGCACGUCGAGUCUGCUUCUGAUCCACCAUGUCUACCACUGGAGGAACGUUUCGGGGUACGCCCAAUAGAACCAUCGGUAGAGGCAGGAUGCCGGACUUCGAUCAAAGCCCAGGGGGAUCUCACAUCCCCCGGCCCAAAGUAGAGGGCCAGUCGUCGCACUCGCAUGCGCCCAGUGACGUUGGAGGAUCGACAAUUAGUGCUGCGAGCAGACAGAGGCAGAACCAGUCGAAGCGUGAUGAGGCUAUCAGAAAGAAGAUGGAAGCCGAUUUGAAUAAGAAGAGGCACCAACCGGCGAAAGCACGACACACCCGCAAGGCUCCUCCGGGUACCGUCCUGGCCCUGAAGCCCAGCCAGGCUCUACAGAUUAAGCCCAGCACCACCGUCGCGGAAGCCGCUCAGUUGAUGGCCGCGAAGAGAGAGGACUGCGUUCUGGUGACGGACGACGAUGAUCGGAUUGCGGGUAUUUUCACCGCCAAAGAUCUGGCUUUCCGCGUGGUUGGAGCCGGUCUCAGGGCUCGCGAUGUGACGAUUUCGGAGAUUAUGACCAGAAACCCUCUCUGUGCGAGAACUGAUACCAGUGCUACGGAUGCGCUGGAUCUCAUGGUCCGUAAGGGCUUCCGUCAUCUACCGGUUAUGGACGAAAACCAGGACAUCUCGGGUAUCUUGGAUAUCACCAAGUGCUUCUACGAUGCUAUGGAGAAGCUGGAGCGUGCUUACAGCUCUUCCCGGAAGCUGUAUGAUGCUCUGGAGGGUGUCCAGUCCGAACUCGGCUCCAGCCAGCCUCAGCAGAUCAUUCAGUAUGUGGAGGCUCUCCGACAGAAGAUGUCUGGACCGACUUUGGAAUCGGUUUUGGAUGGUCUUCCCCCCACGACUGUCUCUGUGCGGACUUCCGUCAAGGACGCUGCUGCCCUGAUGAAGGAGCACCACACCACGGCGCUUCUGGUUCAGGAUCAGGGCUCCAUCACUGGUAUCUUCACCAGCAAAGAUGUCGUUCUGCGUGUUAUUGCUCCCGGUCUUGAUCCGUCAACCUGCAGCGUCGUGCGCGUCAUGACGCCUCACCCUGAUUUUGCCCCGACCGAUAUGAGCAUUCAGGCGGCUCUUCGUAAGAUGCACGAUGGCCACUACCUCAACCUGCCGGUCAUGAACGAGGCCGGUGAGAUUGUUGGCAUGGUCGACGUGCUGAAGUUGACCUAUGCAACUCUCGAGCAGAUCAACACCAUCUCUACGAACGAUGAUGAAGGUCCAGCCUGGAACAAGUUCUGGCUGUCUAUGGACCAUGAGUCUGAUUCUAUGGUGUCUGGAGGCAACAGCCAUCACCCUCACACAGCUCACCGGUCUGUAAUUAGCCCUGACCCCUCAAGGCCUGGUUAUGACAGGGAGAACAGCGUUCUUCCGAACGACUCUGCUUCGCAUCACGGUGAUGAACACUCUGAACUGCUGGUUGAUCACCAACUUCACGAAGAACAUGCGUUCCCAUUCAAGUUCAAGGCGCCCAGUGGACGUGUCCAUCGGGUGAACAUCCUGCCUUCUGCGGGCCUGGCCGAGCUGGUUGCUCAUGUGACUACCAAGCUGGGUUCCGAGGUCGAGGCCAUUGGAGGACCGCCUAGUUGUGAGGAAGGUAAGCUCAGCAACACCGGGUAUGCACUCAGCUACCUUGAUAACGAGGGCGAUACGGUCUCCAUCACAACGGACCAGGAUCUCGCGGAUGCCGUCCUGCUUGCCCGGCAAUCUGGCCGCGACAAGGUCGAUCUCUUCGUGCACGAUCCCACGCAGCCCCCCAUCCCCGCCACGGUCGAACCUCACCCGCUGCCCGUGAAGCUGCCCAGCCCGCUCGAGGAGAAGAGCGCUGUGGACGAUGAGCAAGUGACGGAGGAACCCGUCAGGGCGACUAAGGAGCCCGUUCCCGCCUUCAACCGCCAGACACCCGAAGAGCAGCUCGUCGCUGGUGUGCCGAACGAGCUUCUCCUGCCGGGUGCUAUUGUGACUUUAGCGGCCGUCAUUCUGGGUGUCUUCAUUCUGAGCCGUCCCAGCAGGUAAUAGACGAUCGCGCUCUUCAGCUUCUGCAGUAGUGUGCCAACCAUCUCGUGGUGGUCUCUCGAACAACCCAUUGUAUCUUCGUCUUUGCCUGUUGUGGGCAGUGUUUAUUUGUAUUCGUUGUGUUUUGUUAUUGCGUACUAAUACCUCUUUCGUUUUUAUUAACUAACUACCUACUUACUGUAUUGGAUGACCCCCUCCUCUUCGUCUUCCUGCUCGUCCUCUGUCCCGAGAACUGUUUGCGCAUUGAUAUCUUGUAGCUAGCUAGGGUGUACCACAUAGUAGGACUUUUGACAUUAAGACUGUGUCCUAUUACUGAACC